AUGGGCGCUAAUAAAUCAAGUAACACAAAAGACGCCAAUGAACCAUCAUUGCCAGGCCCGACAACGAUUCUUGACCGACGUUGUAUUAGCAUUCUCAAAGCUAAGAAUGCUGUUCUUAUCUGUUUGAAUGUUAAUAAUAACACUGAUGACAAAAGUAAAAAUUGGCAGCAGGUGAUUGCAGGAUUACAGCGUGUUGUCACUAGCAUAAUUACACAUUCAGAUACUGAACAGUGUUUCGAAUUUAUCAAUAGUGUUAAUUAUACUAAAGUAUGUAUCGUCCUUCCAGGAUCACUUGGACAACAAUUUGUACCUCGUAUACACGAUUUGUCACAAAUAGACUCAAUUCUAAUCUAUUCAGAAAAUAAACCAGAUGACGAACAAUGGAGCAAGGGCUUUUCCAAAGUACAAGGAGUCUUUACAGAAGUUCCAACCAUCAGUGAAGCUCUCAAACAAGCAGCUCGUAAUUGUGAACAAAAUGCCAUGCCCGUUAGUCUUUUGGGUUCAAAUAAGAAUUUCAGUCAAUUGGAUUUCUCCUUUGUUUACAUUCAAAUCGUCAAGGAAAUCAUUUUCGCAAGAAAUUAUGACGACAAAGAUAUGAAAGAAUUUAUUAGUAAUUGCCGUGAACUUUUCGCAGAUAAUCCAGAGGAAAUGAAACAAAUCAAAGAAUUCGAGAGCAAAUAUCGUAGCGAAACACCUAUCUGGUGGUAUACUAAUGAUUGUUUUAUACGUCCUAUGCUUGACCGUGCUUUACGAAUGAUGAAUGCAGAAAUCCUGACACACAUAAGCUUCUUCAUUGCUGAUCUUUAUAAACAAAUCGAAGAAUUGCACAAAGAACAACAUCAAGCUCAAUCUACAACUCUAACAGUUUAUUGUGCUCAAGGCUUGUCCAAGGCAGAUUUCGAACAAGUGAAAAAAAGUCAACGUGGAUUAAUGUCCUUCAAUAGCUUUCUCCUGACUAAUAAAAUUUCCAAACCGUCACUUGAUUAUGCUCAAAACGUCGGCACGAAGGGAGAUACUGUUGGAAUUAUGUUCGUGAUAAAGAUUGAACCUUCUCAAUCAAAUCCUCCGUUUGCGUCUAUCAGCGCCGUAAGUCAUUCUCAUGCAGAAGAUGACAUUUUGUUUGCAAUGCACUCGACGUUUCGCAUCACUGAUAUUAAACGGUUAACGGCUAAUAAUCGACUUCAAGAAGUGUAUUUGACACCUGUGGGCAACAACGAUAAAGAUCUCACCGCAGUGAAGAAUACUAUUCGGCAAGAAACGUUUCCAGACAAACAAGGGUGGGCGCGAUUAGCUGAAGUUUUGGUUAAACUCAAUUACCUUGAUCAAGCUGAACACAUUUAUCUCAUAGUAUUAAAUCAAAUAGAGGAAAUGAACGAGAAAGCCAACAUCUUUCAUCAGCUUUGUGCGAUUAAAGAGAAACAAGAACGAUAUGCGGAAGCAGCAACAUUCUAUGAGCAACUAGCAGCUUUCUAUCGAGAUAACCCUCCGAACGAUCAACUCGAACUAGCAAAUGUAUAUUUCUCUCUUGGUGCUACAUAUUAUAAACUGGGUAAUUCUCUCCAAGCAUUGGCAGCUCAUAAAGAAGCCGUGACGAUUCGCGAAAAAUCACUCCCAGCCGAACAUCUCGAUUUAGCUAAGUCAUAUGAAAUCAUCAGUUCGAUAUAUACUAGUAUGGGUGAUUAUCAAGCAGCACUUCCGUACCUUGAAAAAGACCUUGCAAUUAAUCAAAAACUGACACCGUCAAAUCAUGCCUACUUCAUCAAGUCCUGUAUGAAUAUUGGUAUGGUAUGUUUUAGCUUGCAAGACUAUCCGAAAGCAUUGUCUUAUUACGAAAAAGUUCUUGAGAUUCAGACUAAAACACUUCCGGCUAAUCAUCGUGAUUUUGCCAAGACAUACAACAACUUGGGCGCUGUGCAUAACAGCAUGUCCGAGUAUCAGAAAGGUCUUGUAUGUCAUGAAAAGGCAUUGGCAAUUCGAGAAAAGACACUCUCAUCCAAUCAUCCUGACUUUGGCACGUCGUACAACAAUAUUGGUGUGACAUAUGAAAACAUGGGCGACUACGCUAAAGCGUGUACAUUCUUCGAACGUGCUAUCCAAUUUGGUGAGCGUACAUUGCCAGCGGAUCAUCCCGCUUUGCAAGUGCGCAGAGAUAAUUUAGCUCGAGCCAAAAAGCUAUUGUAA